CUGGCUCUUUGUCUCCGCCCACCUACCCUCCUACUUACCUACAACACCCGUCGCUGUUUCCCUGCGUCACGGAUACCAAUCAUGUCUAGCGCAGACGACAAGCCAGUCGAGAAACCUCCCACCGAGGACAAGCCCACGGAAGAGAAGCCCACCGAGGAGAAGCCGACCACGAGCGCUCCUGUAGAGGAGAAGCCAGCUGAGACCGCGGCCGCAGACGAGAAACCAGCAGACACAGCUGCCCCAGCCGAGGACACCUCCGUCGCCGCCGCUCAGGUCGAUGGCGCUGGUCCACCGGGCAAUGGCUCUGAGCUGGCCAAGCCGGACAAGGAGCUCAAAGUUGAAGUCAAGCUGGCAGACAUGCAAGCCGACCCCAACAACCCGUUGUUCUCCGCCACUUCUUUCGAACAACUGAAUCUCUCCGAAGAACUGCUCAAAGGCAUCCGCAUGAUGAACUUCAAGAAACCUUCCAAGAUCCAAGAGAAGGCCCUUCCUCUUCUCUUUCUCAACCCCCCCUCCAACAUGAUCGCCCAAUCUCAGUCGGGCACAGGCAAGACGGCCGCCUUCUCCCUCAAUAUUCUCACUCGCAUCGACAUCAACGUCCGCGCCCCGCAAGCCCUCGUGCUUGCUCCAAGCCGAGAGCUCGCUCGCCAGAUUCUUGGUGUAAUUCAGCACAUGGGUCAAUUCAUCACCGGUUUGGAGACACAGGCCGCCAUCCCCGACCCGGCCAACCGCACCAAGAAGUUCACAGCUCAUGUCGUUGUUGGUACCCCUGGAACCGUCAUGGACGCGGUUCGCAAGCGGUCUCUGGAUCCCAGGCAAAUGAGGAUCUUGGUGCUUGACGAGGCAGAUAACAUGCUGGACCAGCAGGGACUCGGCGAGCAAUGCACACGGGUGAAGAAGCUGAUACCCGGAACUGUGCAGACGGUCCUCUUCUCGGCUACUUUCCCGGCUCAGGUCAUCGAUUACGCACAAAAUUUCGCCCCAAAGGCCAACGUUUUGACAUUGGCUCAUGAGGAGCUGACAAUUGAAGGGAUCAAGCAAUUCAUGGUGGAUAUCAACGACGAUGCAGACAAAUAUGGAACCCUUCUCAAGAUGUACGGAUUGAUGACACAAGCUUCGUCCAUCAUCUUUGUUCGCACACGCGCAACUGCCUUGGAGCUCGAGAGACGCAUGACCGAUGAAGGACACCGAGUCGCGCAGCUCAGUGGCGGCCUAGAGGGGUCUGACCGCGAUCGCGUCAUCGAUGAAUUCCGCUCUGGCAGGGCUAAAGUUCUGAUUGCGACUAACGUCCUGGCUCGUGGAAUCGAUGUCCAGUCUGUCACCAUGGUCAUCAACUACGAUGUACCGACCAUGGCAGAUAACCGAACGGCGGAUCCUGAGACGUACCUCCACCGCAUCGGUCGUACCGGUCGCUUCGGCCGUGUCGGUGUUGCUUUGACCUUCAUUCAGAACAGGGCACAAUGGCAGCAACUAGAGGCAAUUAGGAGCUACUUUGGUACGGACAUUACCCCUAUCGAUACCAAAGACUGGGACAACGUGGAGGACUUGAUCCAGGGAAUCAUCAAGAGCUCGCGCGCGGGCAAGACUACGGAAGAGAUGAAUGCGUGA